AUGGCGCGUCUGAACCCCAAUCCUGCGCCUGCACCAUCGCCCCGCGCAUGCUCCGCUCCCGUUCCAGCUUCAGCCCGUCUGAAAUCCACGUAUACGCCCUCGUCGCCGACGUCAUCACGCACCAAAGGCUCGCGGACGAGUUCAGGCGAUGCGCGGGCUGGCGCAGAGCAGGAUGAGAAGCGGGAGCAAACGCACGCAUCGAGCCGAAGCCUAUUGGACGAAUGCAGAGAGGAUAAACAUCGGCCUAGACUUAUUAUCGCGCGUGUGAGCAGGGCCGCGGCGAACCUCACGCUCAGGAAGAGGAGAAGCCCGCAGAAGCAGGCCAGCGCGCCGGACCUGGCUAGGAUAUACCCCUUCUUGGAGAACGUCGUGGUUGUAGAGGUUCCAGACGAUUCCGAUUCGGAUGCAGAUUCAGAAAGGACGAAAGAAAUUAGAUAUGAGAAUGAGCAUGGAUGGGAAGCCUAUAUAGGCUGUGGCAUAGGCGAAGAGAGCUCGCUGUUCGAGACGGAGAUUGAGUGCCAGAAGCAAGAGGAAGAGGACGAGCAAACGUGUGACACCGAAAAGAUUGGCUCAAAUGGAAACAAAUCCGAAGACGACGACGACGACGACGACGACGACGAUAGUGCCUACGGAAGCUUCAACAUUGAGGUUCCCGAAGCCGCAUGUCCAACAUUCAUCACACGAGAAGACUCUCACUGGACUUAUGCCGCGAUAUGCGCAUGGCGCGACAAUGUCUGCGCGGGGUCGCCGUCGCCGCCGCCUUCCAAAGCGCUGCCGAGUAUCACCGUGAGGAAGAGGCCUACGCCGAGGACGCCGGGGAAGAGCCCGGGGAAGCGGUUGUUGACAUUUUGA